AGGCGGCGGCGCCGCGGGCGCUGCUGCGGAGCCCGAGGGCGGCGGCGGCUUCGGGGGGAGAAGGGGAGGGAGGGCGCCGCUGCCUCCUCCCCUGUCCCCCCGCCGGGCUCGGCGGUCCCUGGCGGCCGGUGUCUCCGCGGGGGCGGGAGGAGGCGGCUCCGGCCCCAGGGCGCUGGCGGCGGCGGCUACAUGGAGCUGCGCGCCCCGCUACGCAGGGAGGCGCCCGGGCGGGCAGCGCGGCCGCAACAUCGAUGCGCGGGGUCAGGAGGGCGGCGGCGGCGGCGGCUCCCCCCCGGCGCACUCACCCCGGAGCCGCCCGGGCCCCGCUCUCGGCUCCUCCCGCCGCCUCCGCCGGGCUCGUUAUUGACUUUCAGGAAAACUCCCGACGUCACCGGCUCCCCCCGAGUGUCUCCCCCUCCGCGGCGGUGGCGGCGGCGGCGGCGGCAUCCCCGGCUCUCGCGAGAAGCGCGGCGGGGACGGGGGGGCCGCCAGACAGCGCGGGGGGAGCCAGACAGAGGGGGGCGGCUGAGUUACACAGCCCCCCGCCCCGAGCUUGCCCUGGUACCCGGAGUGGUCCACUCGGCUCUGCAAACUCCUCCAGGAAUAGAACUACCAGUUACGCCGCAGGAAGCCGUAAUUCAUCCCUCGUUGAAGUGUUUAGUGGAUGCGCCAGCCUCAGUGUUGCUAAAUUGUCUGCAGGCUUCGCCGGGUAAAUAAACACCUAGAGAAAGCGUAGACCGGCGCUCCCGAGCCUCUGACUCUUCCCGUUGCCACGAGCACUGUCGGAGCGGAGCCGGGGCAGCAGAGCAGCCGCGCUGCAGGGUGCUGAGCUCUCCCGGCUCGGCGGAGCUGCCUCCGGGCUGGCAGGCCGGGGAUGCCCGGCCUGCUGCGCCCUGCCGCCGCCGCCGAGCCUGGUCCUGCACCCUGAGCAGUGCCUGCGGUUCAUUGCCCUCGACGCUUUGUUCCACGGCUAAGCGGCUGUGUGUGGGUGCUUGCGGGAGUUUACUGCACAUGAAGAUGUCUUCUAUCGCUUAGGGUUGCAGAUAUUAAUUUUCUUUAGAAAUGCAUCUGUUUAUAAUGCAGUUCACACGGGCCUGUGU